AUUUGAUUUGCAAAAAGCUCGUGCAAUCAUACUCAAAAUAAUUUAAGAUAAUAGAAAAAAAUGCAUGAUUGCCUACGCAUGCUAUCGACUGAAAGCUCGCGCUGGCUUCUCCACUUUCGCAGUGUCAAAAAUUUUGCUAUUAGUUUAGUACGCAGAACGCUGUUAUAUCGCACGCUCCAACUGACCGACUGCUGAAAAUCAUUUCUUUGUUUCGUCGCUCUAAUUAAUUUUCUAAAAAUGUCCGUCACGCAAGUCCUGCUAGCUAUGCUGCUUGGACUGCUGGGGUAUGCGGUCUACUGGCUACGUCAACGUUUCAUGUAUUGGGAGGUGCGCGGCAUUGCCUAUGAGAAGCCAAAUUAUUUACUUGGCAAUUUAAAUGGCAUACGCACGUCACGUUCGUUUUUGGAGAUAUGGCUGACAACCUACAAAAAAUUUAAAGGAACUGGUCCAUUUUGUGGUUUCUUUUGGUUCCAACGCCCAUCGGCUUUCAUUUUGGACACAAAAUUGGCAAAAGCAAUACUUAUUAAAGAUUUUAAUAAUUUUGUUGAUCGCGGUUUCUAUACGAAUGUGGAGGAUGAUCCGCUUACUGGACAACUUUUUCUCUUGGAGGGACAUAGAUGGCGUGUAAUGCGCAAUAAGCUAUCGCCCACUUUCACAUCCGGUAAAAUGAAGUAUAUGUUCCCGACUGUGUGCCGCGUGGGUGACGAGUUUGUGCGCGUUGUGGCGGAGGCUAUUGAGAAGGAACCAGUUUUGGAGAUACGUGAUUAUCUAGCGCGUUUCACCACUGACGUCAUCGGCACUUGUGCAUUUGGUAUUGAUGUGAAUAGUUUGAAGAAUCCGAACGAUGAAUUCCGACAGAUGGGAAAACGUGUCUUCACUGAUUUGCGUCACGGAAAAAUUGGGUUGGCGUUUUUAAAUAGCUUCCCGAAAUUGUGUCGAAAGUUACAUAUUAAAAGUACACCCGAUCAUAUCACGAACUUCUACAUGAGCCUUGUGCGCGAAAAUAUCGCUUACCGUGAGAAGAAUAAUAUCCGACGCAAUGAUUUCUUUGACAUGCUGCUAGAAUUGAAAAACAAUAAGUUAUUAAAAUCAGAAGACGGUCAAGACAUGUGCAUUACCGUUGAGGAAUUAGCUGCCCAAGCGUUUGUAUUUCUCAUUGCCGGCUUCGAGACUUCGUCGACUACCAUGUCCUUCGCAUUGUAUGAACUGGCACAGCACGAAGAUAUACAACAGCGUGUGCGUGACGAAGUCAUAGAAAUUCUGGAGAAACACAAGGGCGAGUUCACUUAUGAUUGCAUGAAGGAAAUGGUCUAUUUGGACCAAGUAAUUUCCGAAACACUACGCCUCUAUACUGUGGUUCCCGUGUUAAAUCGUGAGUGCAUGGAGGAGUAUCCUGUGCCGGGUAACCCGAAAUUUGUUAUCGCUAAGGGUAUGCAAGUUCUUAUACCGUGUGCGGCAUAUCAUCGUGAUGCUGAUAUUUAUCCCAACCCCGACACUUUCGAUCCCGAUAACUUUACACCCGAGAAGGUGGCCCAGCGUGAUGGUGUUGAAUGGCUGCCCUUCGGCGAGGGACCUCGCAAUUGUAUUGGCAUGCGAUUUGGUCAAAUGCAAGCUCGUAUUGGCUUGGCGCUGCUCUUGAAGAACUUCAAGUUUUCCGUGUGUGGGAAAACUCCAAUUCCGAUGAAAUAUGACAAGAUAAACUUUAUAGUGCAAUCUGAGCAUGCUAUUUGUGUGUAUGUUGAGAAAGUGUGAGCAGGAUGUAACAUUCUUAAAACGAAUUUGCAAAUAGUAUUGCUGAUUAAAAUUUAUGUGGGAUAGUUGAAUUUCUCAAUAAUAAAGUAAUUAAAUAUUUGCA